AUGGAAAUAAAAAGCGCUGCCAUCCUGAUCAUCUCCGACGAAGCCUUCAAGGAUCCCACUUUGGACCAUGCGGCUAGUGCUCUUGCGCCUAUUCUGGUCAAGGAGGAGAAGUGGGAGCUGUCCGCAAUUCGUAUAGUUCCGAACAAUGUCCUACAAAUCCAGCAAGCAGUUUGCGACUGGACUAGUGGCCCCAAUUGGCACCAUCUAGUUCUACUUAGUGCUGUGGCAGGCUUAGGAGGCAAAGACCAUACUGCCGAGGCCGUCACUCUCUUGAUUAAUCGACAUGCCCCCAUCCCAAUCCAAAGCAUGAUCACCGAGUCUCUGAAAUUUACUCCAUUCACAAAGUUGGAAAGAUCGAUUGUUGGUGUUCGUGAGAAGACUUUGAUUGUCAGUUUACCAAGAUCUUCCAAAGGAGCCAUGGAGAAUAUUGAAGCCGUUAUGAAACUCCUCCCUCAUGUUUUCCCGCAGUACCGUCGCUCCUUACAUACUACUGGCUUGAAUAAGUCAAACACUGAGGCCGCAGUCACUAUUUCCCAGCAUCCAACGCAACCUCAACUUGAACCCUAUCAUCAACACCAUGCCCAUGGCCAUCUGAUCCGCAAAGCACACACAUCACCACACUGUCCCCGGUCCAAAUCCAACACACCCGCCAUGGGCCUCAAUCAGCGCUACCACCCUUGUUUCAAUCCUACGCUUUCUGUAGAGGAAGCACUACGUGUGAUCUGCGAGCAAACCCCUGCACCCAUUGUGGUCGAAACGCCUGUCACCACUUCAAUCAUCGGCUCCGUCAUCGCCGAAGAUGUUUACGCCAGCGAGAUGUUACCGGCAUACCCCACCAGUCUUGUUGAUGGCUACGCCAUCGUUGCGAUAGAAGGCAAAUCCACCAACGCGAUUUUCCAUAGAUCUUCAAUCACCCACGCCAACAUGAGCGGAGCCUUUGAGCCCCUACGACCAGGAAUCAUUGCUAAAAUUACCGCUGGCGCGUCCCUUCCUCCCAAUGCCAACGCUGUGGUUAGGUUUGAUGACACGGCAUCCUCAGCCCUGGAUGGCCAAGAGGAAGCAACUGUCGAAAUUCUAGCCGAUGAUAUCUUCCCAGGCGAAAAUGUCCGCGAACCCGGAAGCGACAUUACGCUUAACUCUAAGAUCCUUGACCGUGGUGACCUUAUCUCCCCAGUCGGGGGCGAAAUAGGUUUGCUUGCUGCGACGGGCACCCGAGCCAUCAAGGUAUUCAAGAAGUGCCGGGUGGGCGUCCUCAGUAUCGGUGCUGAGGCUUAG